AUGGCGGAACGCCGAAAGCGUGGACCUGCGAAAACGCAGACAGAUUCUGCCAAAAAAAGACGCAAAAUUUCAAACGCUGAUAUCCAGUAUAAUGAAUUCGGCAAAGCUAUUGAUGGAUCGGUCAAUAUAGAAUUCUCAAGUGUCAUGGUAGCUACUGGAGCGAGGUCAAAGCUACACUGUGCGUCUCUCUGUGACCAACACUCCUGGUGUCUAGCCAUCAGUUGGGAUAAUAACAACCAUGAAUGUCAGGAGCUGUCUAGGACUCUGACUCCGGAGGCUACACCAUCAUACACCACGACAUACACAGCAUUGUAUAUAGGACAGGGCUAUACUUAUAUAGCCGGAACGCUCGUCAAGUUCUUCAGAAACUCCGGACGUUUUUCCUGGCAAGGGGCUCAGGACUACUGUGGCAACGAGGGCGGGAGAUUGCUCGUUAUAGAUACUCUCGAGAAGUACAAUGCCGUGAAGACUUAUAACGCCCUAUCAGGGCUGUGGUGGGUAGGGGCGACAGAGGUGAGCAGUACCUGGACAUGGACGACUGGACAGGCUAUGGAUUCUAGCAUCCCAAUAGUGAUCGAUAGUACAUAUACCUGCCUGUCGUUCUAUUUCGGAGACCUCAAUGACAGCAAAUGUACAUGGGAAGCAUAUUUCAUUUGUGAAAAGUGACGUGGCGUGAAUAGUUCACAACAAUGACCAUAUAGCUAUGUAAAAACAGGCGAUUGUUUAUAAACGAUAUCAAAUGUCCAUCCAUAGCACAACAAGAAAAAAGAAGAAAAACAGGUUAAAUUGGUCAAAGCUGCAUUUCCUGCACAACAUGUGGCAUAUGCCGUCUAAUAAAUGCAUCAAUAAUGACUAAAAGUGGGAUGCUAGGGGACAUUCAAGAGUCCAAAAAUAAUCUUUCCCCAUUGAGGACACUUCGGAUCCUAAUUAUUAACAUUGAUUUGUACUAUUCAACUGUGUUAUCCUCUUCUUAAUAGUCAAACUGAAAUUCGGUAUGCUUUGUAGUUGAGUGGAUUUGAAGCAUGGGAUUGCUGUAAUGGUAAUAUAAUAUAGCGCGAACAUAAAUACCAAGCAAAUAUUUCAUUACAAAGCAGAGUUGCGGAAAAUGUAUACCUUAGGUCAGAACCUGACAACCGCGAAGUAUUAGUUCAUUGAUAUUGAACAAUUUGUUUGUUUUUGUUUAACGUCCUAUUAACAGCCAGGGUCAUUAGCUGUUAAUAGGACGUUAAACAAAUAAAACCAAACCAAAACAAAAAACCAAACCAUCUUUAGAGGUGGAGAAAAGUACCCGGAGAAAAACAACCGCCAUACAGUCAGUACCUGGCAACUGCCCCACGUAGGUUUCGAACUCGCAACCCAGAGGUGGAGGGCUAGUGAUUAAGUGUCUCGACACCUUAACCACUCGGUCACCGCUGCUUUUAAUCAACUAUACAGUAGCAGGGGAUUGUUCUUUAAAAUCUGCAGGUCAAGGUUCAUGUGGUCGAAUUUUGUCCCCAAGACUAAUACGAAUCUAUUCAAUCUGAAGAUAUUCCUUUGAUUGUUGAAAAUCGGAAUAUAUACUCAUUUAAUGUCCUUAGCUGUUAAUAGGACGUUAAACAAAACAAGAGAUCCCAGGGGGAUCUUGGCGCCCACCAUUGAAUGAUCUUUAUAA